ACGCACCCCGCCACGCGUAUGCACGCCCGCUAACGUGUCUAGGUAAUAAUUGAUACGGACUGGAUUAAAAGCGCAAUUUUGCCACGGAUAAUGCCUGUAGUUACUAAAUUAUAUCCGAAGGAGACGAUCGCCUGUUCACCGGAGGAAGCUAUAUAGAGAUCGAUCCGCUUAUGCGUGCAGAAUUUACCCAGGUGAAAACUUAGAGCAGAUGUGACGACACAUAUAAGUUGAACAUGGUGUGGCCGACCCUCAAGUUGCAGGGCGAAUCAGUCGAUUCUUCUACAAAAGGGACUGGUUAGCACAAUAGCAGCAUUCGUUUUGAUAUGGCUGGUCAAGCUACUAUUUCUCAAUAGUAAUAUGUACAUGGAAAGCAAAGGAAAUCAAUGGAAAUUUGAAAGACCCCAACCACUACAACAACGAAAGAAGGCCAUCCUCAUCAGUACGCGCUACCGAUCAGGAUCUACGUUCACGGGCGAAAUAUUCAAUCAAAACGCGGAUGUGUAUUAUGUCUUUGAACCGCUUCACGCACUUGAAAGUAGAGUGACUGACUACGCUAACUUGUCGUUCGAACAAAAGGCCGCAAGGCAGCGAUCUCUUCUCACGAGCUUGUUUUUGUGCAAACCGAAUAAGGACUACCAACCAAUAUGGAAUUUCUUUUCCUUGACUAAACUACUUGACUUUGGUAACACAACUGGCAAUGAAGAUGGAACCGAAAUGUAGGAAAAUCUUGACGGAAAAGGUGAGUGAACGAUUUAAGGUGGUGCCAGCGGUCUGCAACACGUACAGGCAUUCUGCGAUUAAGGUGAUCCGUGCAAACAUCAGCGACCUUGAACCAUUGCUUGAACAUCCUAUCCUCGACGUGAAAAUAAUUCAUCUCAUCCGUGAUCCGAGAGGCAUGUUCCGGUCUUGGUGGCCGAACCUCUCCAAGAACGUCUCCGCAUCAGUCGAGAGAUUACGUGCAAAUGUGAAGAUCCACUGCGCAGAUCAACUGAAAAAUCUCGUGCAAGGCAACAGCCUGCGACUGCGCGCACCUUCGAGCUAUCGUCGUGUUAGGUACGAGGAUUUGGCUGCAGCGCCCGUAGAGAGUGCCAAACAACUUUAUGACUUUGUUGGCUUGCCGGAACUCCCGUCCAACGUUUACGAAUGGUUGGACGUGAACACUCAUGGAAAGGUCAGUGGCACGCAGACACCCAAGGUGUAUCGCUUAGGAACGUUCCGCAAUGAUUCCAACGCGACAGCAACAGCGUGGAUGGACGCACUUCCACCGCGUGUCAUCAAAAUUAUAGAGGAACAUUGCUACGAGUUCAUGUUAAUGGCCGGCUACAAACCACGGUAUACAAGACAGUGAUGUAGAUCUGGAGGCCGCUCAGUAAUGCGAAGAAAAAUGUCCAGUGUAAUGGUUGGAUGGACAGAGAAGAACCUAAUGAAGUAGUGAAUGAAAUAAUGAUAGCGGUGUAAUAUACAUGCAUCGAAGUUAGAUCAUUGCAUAAUUUCUCUGUGGAAUGAAAUGGAAUGUGUACUGGAAUGCAACGAAGAAGUGGGUCAGUGUAGGCUACGUUUCUUGUUAAUAUUUUACAGCUAUUGCCUGACCCUUAUCGUGAAUUAUUUUAAAUUUCUUAAAAUGGAUGAUAAUCAUCUGGUUACUCAAUGAAAUUAUAUAUAUAUAUAUAUAUAUAUAUAUAUAUAUAUAGGCCAAUAUUUAUUUCGCUACAUGUCAACCGUAUCUAGACAUUGCUUUAUGACCACAUAAACCCUGUGUUAUGAGGGUUUAUGUGGUCUUGGUCGCUUGUUCACUGGCCGGAACAGUGAUGUACAAAAUUGCCCCGAAGGGCUAAUUUUUAAUAUUUUUAAUAUUUUUUUAUAUAAAAAAAAUCAGGGACAUAAGUAAGCGAAGACAUUUUGAACAUAUUUUAUUUACCAGCAUGUUGAAUUUUACCGUGUGUACGUGUAUGAUUAUUCUGCGUAUUUAAAGUUUAUUUUAUGUAAAUAUCACAUCUGUUGAGGUACGUAUUACUAACCAUUAGAAAUUUAAGCAAACUCUGUAUAUACUGAGAUACCGUAUAGUGAAGCCUACUAAUAGUUGCGCUAGCACUCAUAACUGCAGAAUAGAACUCCAGAUUACCACUGUCAAGCUGAAAUACGACUUCCCAGUGUGGUCAUUCAAGGUGCCACCAGUUUUGUACAAACAGUAACAGGAAAAUUGGUUGCAGUUGUGCCACUCAACCUAAUAAUUUCGAAAUUUGCGGAUUGUGCUACCGAUUUAUGUGCUACCGAUUUUGUGCUACCUAUUUUUUUGCGGAUAUGCUACCGCUUUGUAAACUACCUCUAAUGAAUGCUGGGACCAAAUUAUUAUAUUGAGUACAAAUUAAGAUUUUCGGCCAACAGUAUUUCUUUUAUAUCACCGUUACAUUCGAAUUGAAUAUUCAUAAUAACACGUGUAAAGUUAAUUGAUCACUUUCUCUUAUAAAAUUACAAAAACGUUUGUACAAAAAAAAUCGAAAGAAAUUUGAUUAAACUAAACCACGAGAUAAAAUUUC